AUGGCACCAAAGACUCUCGUAGACUUCCCGGACGAACUACUUCUCCAGCUCCCGGUGCACAUGCACAACAUUGAAGACUUCAAAAACGCCUCUUCGACUUGCAGGCGCUUGCACAAUGUGUUCGCAGACACUCUGCCAAAGACUAUCCUACGAUUAGCGUCGGGCUCAGCCCCCACCUUCUUCUCCCCGCAUCCGUACUUCCUCGUCCUCGCUGUAGCGCGUCAGAUAGCUACCUGGGCAGUUGCGAAUGAUUCAGAAAGACAAACACGUGUCGAGCGCCUCAUGGAAGCCUUUCGUGGUGGCAUGAAAGGCCUUUUGUCCUUGGCACUACGGGAUGAUGUCGAGGACGUAGGCCUGACCAUGGAUGAUGUAAGGAGAAUGUAUGAAGCAAGGUUCAGUAUCCUUAAUCCACUAAACGCAACGAUGGAUGCCAUGAUCGGGGAUGAGUGGUAUAAGCAACCUGAUUUCUGGUAUGGUGGAGCUGAAGAUGCGUUCACACUGUACACCGACGUUUCGAGUGCGACUUAUCAAUUGCUCACCUACGGAGAGCUCUUCGGCUCCUCUAUGGCGUCUUACCUAGAACCGGCCGACAGGCGGAAGCCCGGUCUGGGCAUAGAGACAAGGAUUGAAUUCAUCAAAUACUGCAUUCCAGAC